AUGAUAAAUACAUUCGAAAAUUUGUCAAAUGAAAUAAUUCUUCUAAUAUUUUCUGAAAUAAAAUGGUUCGAAAUGAUUGAAUCAUUUUGGUCAUUAAAUAAACGAUUUAAUUCUCUUAUUUAUUUUAAAUUUUCAAUAAAUCGUAAUGAAAUUAUUAUUAAUAAAAGAUGUUUAUCUUUCAAUUAUAAAAAAAUUCUUCGUUUUGUUAAUUUGAAAAAACUUAUUCUUAAUGAAUGUUAUUUAACAUUGAGAUUAAUUGAAAAUUUAUCAUUACUUAUUGAAUAUCAAUUAGAUGAAUUAAUAUUAACAUUUGAUGAUGAUAUCUUCAAAUCGUGUCUAUUAGAAAAAACUCCUCGAAUGUUUCGUUAUGAUCAAGAAUCAAAAUUGACGUUGAUGUUCAGAGAAUUUGUGCAUAAACUUUUAUCUGAUAAAUGUAAAUUAAUUUCUCUUGAUCUUGAUAUGUCAAAUGACAAUACUACUGUUAAUAUUCAUCAAUGUUUUUCAUUAUAUUCUGAUAUUUAUUUAAAGAAAAUUACCAAUAAAUUUGUUACAUCCUGUACAAGUCUUCGUUAUUUAAGUAUUCAUUUAAUUUAUGGUUAUUUUCUUGAAAAUAUUAUUGAACAUAUACCGUCCCUUGAAAUUCUCUCAGUUAUAUUCAAAAAUACAUUAAUGAAUGAAUGGUAUUCAUAUGAACCAUCAAUCAAAAGAUGUUCAUCAAAUAUUUUCAAUUGGUAUGAGAAGAUACCAAAAUUAAAAUAUUUUUCUUUAAAAAGUAGAAUUAUCGGUGAUGAUGAAUUAAUUUAUUUAAAAUUGAUUAUUAAUAAAGUUAAUUAUAUUGAAAAAUUAAAAAUUCGUCUUAAUAUAAAAGAAUCAAUGAAUGAUAAUUGUAUCAUUGAUGGAAAUUUUCUUGAUAAAUAUUUAAUGAUUAAUAUAUUAAAUAAUUUAAUUGAUUUUGAUUUUUAUAUUGUAUCAAAAUGUAAAAUGUUAUUUUCAAAUGAUAUUCAAAAAAUAAUUAAUUCAUUUAAAAUUCAUCGAUUUUUUAAUGAUUAUCAUUGGAAAAAUAUUCAAUGCUUUUUUGAUAAAAAUAUGUCAUAUCAACAUAUAUCAUCAAAUGAAAUUAUUUUUAAACCAAAAUAUUUUUGUGGUAUUAUAGAUUAUCCUACUAUUUUCGAUUGGCAAUUUGUCAAAUAUAUUUCCGUUGGUUUAUGUUCAUCAAUUUAUUUAUUUCUCAAACAAUUUGAUGACAUAUUUCCUCACAUAAAUUCUAUUCAAUUUAAUAUGGCAUAUCACGACAAAUCUAUCAAUCGAAAUAAAUUACGUGCACAAGUACUUGCAUAUCUUAUUUCAAUGCCAGUUCGGUUGGUUUAUCUUCGAAUCGAACAAUUCGAAUGGUUUUUACAUCUUAUUCAAUAUGCAUCCGAUAAACUCAAAAAAAAUGCAUUGAGUACCAUUCGACAUGCUGAAUUUUGUCUUAAUAGUUGUCAUGCUGGUUCAAAUGAAUCAAUUGAUAUAGGACAAAAUUUGGUACCUCUUCUCGGUACUCAUAUGCCCUAUUUGCAAACAUUACGGUUAUGGCGAGCUGAUGAUUUUCCUUGGACAUCAAUUCGACCAAAAUAUCGCGAGGGAUAUAGAUGUCAAGUUAUGAGUAGAAAAUGGAUAGAAUCUUUACGAACAUCUGAAUCAAUUGUUAAACAUGUUACUGUCUUUGAAGAAAAUCUUUGUCAAUUGGUUGAACAAUUAAAACAAUUUGUUUAUCUCGAUAUUUAUGGACAAACUGAUCAGGAAAAAAUCGAACCUUAUCGUUCUAUGGUUCACAAAUCUUUUCCUAAUAGUCGACUUAUUAUCGACAUAUCAAGAUUUCGUCUUUGGUUUUGA